CACUGUUCUUUAUUUCGUACACUAGUAGAAGGAAGGCGCGGCCCAAAUGACAAGCAAACUUUCCCUCAACUGAUCAUCAACUUUUUCCUUAUUAUUUUCUCAUUUUCCUAUACAAGUACAGACCACGUCCGAUUCGAUCUUAUGAACUCAAGACUUUCACCUUGCCUCAUCAAAACGUUCCCAUCAGCUAUAAACAUCGGCGAAAGAAUCGAGACCACGGACGUCGGAUUAGAAGGCAGCGAUAGAUUCGCAUUUGAAGAAAGGGGCCGAGUCGGUAUCAAAUCUGCUAGAACUACCUGCUCGCAUACUACAGAGCAAACAUUCCGGGACAUUGUUUUUCGCUAGGUGCGUGCGGUAUGGAGGUUCUAAAGCGCGACAGCCGGUUGAAACAAUGCGAAUGAAUUACCGACGAGUUCAAUUUGAACCAAAACCAUUCUUUCCUACACACAACUUCACACCUGCAAUUCCACCGAGAAGAUUUACACCCCAGCUCAUAGAAACUGCCAGGCGUUCGUUUCGCAGAGACACCUCAUAUGAUCGAUAUCAUAGUGACCCGCCAAAGUUGCAGGCAGAAGAUACAUAUAUAGAUACUGUCGGUGACCAGUCCUCAUGUUCAUCACUGGCUCAUCGAGGUAUUCAGAAGAGUUACCCAGUCAACAUUUCAAGCCUCUCCGAAAUUACUUCCGACUAUAGCGAGGAUUCCAGUGGUUUGGGUCUGCCGUCACUAUCUUCAUCUGCAUCAACAAAUGACUCAAUAAACCAACCCAAACUUGAAGAGCAGCGUCGGGAGAGCUGUGACGAACAGUCUUCGGCGUAUCUACUUUCAUUGGCUGCACAAUCAACCAACAAGCAAUUAAAAGAGCAAACGUUUGCGGCUUUCCCAGAUGAACAAGUUUCUCAAAACAUAAGCCAUUCUUCCAUUGAUACAAGUUACAACGGAAAGCCCGUUCCCUACACCGAGAAGGAGCGGAUUGCUACCUCUCAUGGUACAUCCUCUGAUGACUUGUCGCGGAAAUUCCAACACAUCUGCCGACGACACAUGGGCGAAGCGAAGUCGAAGGGUCUGGCCAUGGUCGAGGCCAAAGAAGGGGGUACAUCGACCGCAGUUCAUCAGGUUAUAGAUACUGUCCGAGAAAUUCAGGACGAUGUUGAUGAAGACUGGCAAAGCGGUGUUACUGUGACGUGCCCUACGAGCCCACCCUUGCUUGGAAACGACAUUGUUUUCCCCCGAAGCCUAUCUCCUGAAAGAACGAUAAAUGAUAUUGGAAAUGCUACUCGCCAUCAGCGAAUAAAUGUGGAUCAACCAUGUCAGGACCAUGGGGGGUUGUGGAGUGCAAACCUAAACGUUGGUGACAACCGUGGUGAUGGUCUCUGGAUGGGAACAUGCCGCAGAGGCAGUGAGAGUGAUGGGAAUCUACACGAAUUAAUCCUAACAGAAUCGAUAAUACCCGUCCGGGGUCAUAAGGAUGAAUCUUCCGCGUCCUCUGAUGUAACAUCUGAGUACGGAGAUCGACAUCCCUUUCACCCUUCCAUAAGACAUAGGUAUACUGAUGACGUGGACAGGAAGCUCAACCCUCAGGAUGAAUUCAACGAUGAGAUCCACGAUGGGUUUGUUACGCAGAUUUAUAAUUACCUUUCGUUAGGCUAUCCGUGUGUUGCACAUUGCUAUGAUCAUGAGCUCAGCAGAAUUUCCAGCAUACCUGUAAAUGACCUUCGACAAGAUGACUUGCACACUGAUUCUAAGGGCUAUGUUGGUGUGAUCGAAGGCACUCCUGGGAGCAUAUGGUCUACUGGUCAGACGUGCAUGCGCUGGUUAGCUUUACGCGUGUAUAUACAGGAAUGGACAAGACAGCAGCCUUGGGUAGCUGAAGAUGACAGUGAUAUUAUUGAGGCGUGGGGUGAGUGGGAAUAUUGAAUUUGGGCAGCAUAAUAUAAUUCCUUCAAUUUUUGC